AUGCGUGCUGUGGGGGAAAUUGGGAUGGAAUCUACGCGGAUAAAGAUCUGGCCACACGUGAUCAGCAUGCUCGACUGCCGUCCCGACGUGCUCAUCACGCAUGAGAACCAGCUACGUGCGAUGGAAAUGCGUCGCGAUCUCGGGUUACCAUGGCCCAAUCAAGCUGUGAUGUGGACCGCACCCUUAUUUUUACAUCUUGAUGAGCCGCUUGAGGAUAUAUUGCAACGUUGUGCGACGCUGCGGCCCGGCCGCCUCUACACCUACGCGGCUCCGCCAUGGCCGGAGCAGCUCGAUCCGGGAAAUGAAGCCGUGACGUGGCUGCGUGACAUCGGCUUGGAGGCCUGGGAUGAUAAUGAUGGCUGUCAGCAUCUUCGCGAAAGAUUCGAGCACUUCUUCGCCAAGCCGCAGAGCUGGCACGAACACAUCAGCGAAGCCGCUCGAAAAGAGAUGAGGAAGAAGAUUGUCGAGGCGUGUGCUGAUCUACGCGCCGCGAUGCCGCUCGACGAAUUCUGGGCCGCGCACUGCGAAAAACUGUGCUUCCGCGAGUCGGAAACUGUUGAGGAAUACUACGAGAGCGUCGCGUACAAGAUUUACCUCGAGCAGCGCCAGCAGGAGCGAGGUCGCUCCACGCUGCGCGCCCAGCUGACGGCCGUCCGAGAAAGUGGCGAGACAAUUCGCGAGGGUGUGCCGCAACCCAUCUUGCUCAGCAACGACAUCGAGGAGCUCCGGCGAUACGUCGAGGAGGGCAUUUCACUGGUCGACUGUGUCCCUUUGGUGGCGGAAGAGCGGAAACGUGUCAGAGGGACAAGGCGGGCCCUGCUCACCCUCAUACAUGAGAUCGAGUCGAAGUGUCGACGUCUCUACCACAUAAACCCAUUGGCAGGGCGAUCCGAGGCACUGGCGAGGACAGCCACGAAUCGCUCCACCAUCGAAUACGUUGAGUGGAAAAUGGGCGAAUUGACGUUCAGAAGCCCGCGCCCGGUGGUCCAUCACACAAUGGCAUUGUUCACCGCUGUCUUGUAUCGCUAUGUGACUGGGUGCUCCGACGAAGAAGCCAGCAAGUACGGCUUCGACGCCGCGUACAAUUUCUUCCAUAGUGCAGAUGCGGCGCAAGUGAGGGACUGUUUCAGCAUGCGGCUGGAGCAACUCGUUUGGAUGAAAAAGUGCCGUGAAGAGGAGCAACAGUUAGAGACGGAUUUUGAAUUGACGCUAGACACCCGGCCUCAUUGGGGUCCAGGAGCCACAAGGUUCAUUUACUUGAGCCCUGAAAUGAACAAGGCGUUGACCGGAUACGAGGAGGUGGCCCACCUCGUGUUCGAAGCUGGGCAGGUCCGUCCAUUCAACGAGAUUCCCCGACGACCGAAAAGUGCGCUCGAGCUCGGAAAAGCGCGAGCAAAGGGGCUAGUGCUGGAGAGCAUGCGGAUUCUUCGUGACAUCCAAGAAAAAUGGAAGAAGGAAUCGAAAAAUGGAGCUGGACAGCAGACGGCCGAAGGCGUCGUUCACGAACAGCUCCAUCACGCACCACGUAGACCCGACCAACAAAACGGCGAUCUUCCGAUGGCCGAUCAGAAGAGAGCGUCACAUGAGUCCGCUUCAGCGCCGCCAUCCGAUAGGGGAGAAGAAGAAGCCAUCCGAGGAGAAGCCGGGAGUUCGACGAGUCAUGCGAGCGUGUCAAGCCCAGAUCUCCAUGUACUGCCGAUGGCGACGGCAGCCAACACGAGUUCCCUCAGUGAGGUGCAGGGAGAGCCAGACCGACAUCCGCAAUUGGUGGCGCCCGUGGACCCGAGAUCUCGUCUUCGUUUUAUCGACUUGGAUAAUGAAUAUUAUAUCCGGAUUUUUUGCAAUCUCGAGCCAAGAGAAGUCGAAAGGUUUCGCCUCAUCAACCGCACAAUCUGCAACCUCAUUGAUGCCAGCCGUACAUCCCUCCCCCGGCUGCGCCUUCAUCAAGUGGAAGUUCGAGAAACGAGGAUAAAUCUCUGGCGAUUUGAAAGUGGCUAUCGAACUGUCGACGAAUCAAUAUUUGGAGACGUUUACGGGUUCCUAUUCCACGUCAGGAAUCGGAUGCAAAUCGGUCGCCUUGUCCUGGACGAUGCCGACAUAAAUCUACUCUCUACCCUCUAUUUCCGCGUUGAUCAUCUACUUCUGGUCAGCAACAUGAGACCAUUGAAUAACGGCGUCUUGGAUAGAGUUCUACAAGUGCAGCGCAUUAGCAGAUUAACUCUGAAUUUUCGGAGCCCGCAGCACAUCGUCCUCUCGGGGCACCAUCGAAUUCGUGCUCUAACGGGCCUAUGGUUAUACGGAUACGCCGCUGCAACAAUCAGAAUAACAGACCUGGAUCUUCUCGGAUCAGCAUACUCGAUCCUUUCUGUAGACGCGAAUCGACCGGAAAUUACUACUGCUGGGAUCCUUGCACUCAUAACUGCCUGGAGAAGGGGCGAACGCGUCCUGCAAUACGUUUCCGUCAACAUUCAAGGGGAAGAAACGGAGCUUUUACCGAGAAUUGUCGACCUACAGCCGGUGACGAUGAUGACUCCAGAUGGGAACGUAGUGGUCACCUCAAUCCGCCGGUCCCUAGACGGCCACUAUCUGGCGAUUGCCACACGUGGGGGGCGCCCAGGAAUUUACGAGAUCCGUCUGAUGUUACUAUGCAGCACUCACCAGCCAGGCGUCUUCCGCCCAGUAAUU